AUUGUGAACGUGUCCUUUAAAGCGCGUGGACACCGUUUAUUUACUAAAUAAUAAAGUCUCGUUGAGCUGGAUGAUCAUCAACCUCCUCGUGCCGGUACAGGUGCGCGCGCGCGCGUGCGUGUUGGGUCUCUGUGUGUCGUGAACGCGCCUCGCGGUCUUCUUGUCAUUCAGUGGAGCAGAGCGCGUGGAGGAGCAGCAGCAUCAGAGACUCUCAUCUGAGCAUGCUGACCUGAUCCAAAAUGGGUGACCCGACCAACAACAGCUUGGCUCUAGCGGACUACUUACUGGGCAGCGAAAACCUGGACUACGAGAUUCCUCUGGAUGAGAUCCCGGACACCACGCAGGGCCGGGCCUUCUUCGUGGCCACCAUCGUCAUCGCGGUGGUGUUGGUGGGCAUCAUGCUGAUCUGUGGAAUUGGGAACUGUUUGUUCAUCGCCAGCCUUGCCCGCUACAAGCAGCUCCGCAACCUGACCAACCUGCUGAUCGCCAACUUGGCCGUAUCGGACGUGCUGGUGGCGGCGGUGUGCUGCCCCUUCCUGCUGGACUACUAUGUGGUGAAGCAGCUGUCGUGGGAUCACGGCUUGUUGCUCUGCGCCUCCACAAACUACCUGCGCACCGUCUCGCUCUACGUGUCCACCAACGCUCUGUUGGCCAUCGCUGUGGACAGGUACAUGGCGAUCCUCUACCCUCUGAAGCCUCGUAUGAAGCACCGGACGGCCUACUGCGUGAUCCUGACGGUGUGGAUCGUCCCCAUCUUCAUCUCUAUCCCGUCUGCCUACAUGGCCUCUGAGACGACCUACCCUCACGUGGAGGGUCAAACCCAGAAGACCUUCUGCGCCCAGAUCUGGCCCGUGGACCAGCAAGUUUACUACCGCUCCUACUUCCUCCUCAUCUUCGUUCUGGAGUUCAUGGGCCCUGUGACCGUCAUGUCCGUAUGCUACAUCCAGAUCUCCAGGGACCUGUGGUUUAAGGAUGUUCCGGGUUUCCAGACGGAGCAGAUCCGGAAGCGGCUACAGAGGCGACGGAGGACGGUGGUGGUGUUGAUUCUGGUGCUGGUCGCCUACGUCCUGUGCUGGGCGCCAUAUUAUGGCUUUGCCCUGCUGCGGGACUUUUACCCCACCCUCAUCUCCAGGGACAGGAACUCGCUGGUGGCUUUCUAUAUCAUCGAGUGCAUCGCCAUGAGCAACGGGAUCAUCAACACGCUCUGCUUUGUGAGUGUCCAAAACAACACCAAGCGCCUGAAGAAGGCGGGCAAGUUCCCGCUGAAACUGGUGACCUUUGUGGCUGCCAAGUCAGUGGAUGAAGGGGAGGCACGCACCUCAUCCCUCCGAGUGACGGAGGAUGCGGAAGGAGGUCGGCUGAGGUAGACUUUGAACGUUCAAGCAGCAGCUUAAACAUCAGGAAUCACAUCAUAGUGGCGCACAAAAGGAAUCAUAUUACCAGCUGGAGCGCCAGAACAUGUGCGUUGAAGGUGGGAGAUACCGGCUGAGCUUCACGAAAUAACGAAUCCAGAAAUAAAAAGAUGAGGCAGCUGCUCUGCAUCCGGAGGUUCCAGCAGCUCCAGGUAUCUGGAGAAGCUGUACUGUGUCCGCAGCGUCCAGAGUUCCCACGCUUUUCAUGGAGUUAUCUUUAAGGAUUCAUCCGAUAAAGUUGCAGGGAAUUAAUGGACACAACACUUGGAUAGACAUGAAACUCUUCUGAAUCAUCAGCACAUGACAGUGAAACUGAGACUGAGACUUAAAAAGUCAAAAGGUACAAGACUGUGUACAUAACAACUUUAGGAAAAAGUCAACUACAAAUCACAGAGAGCACCGCUGCAAGAAACAUCCAAUCAGAGAGCUUCUCUGAGAUCCUGUUUCCAGUCAGCUGAUUAAUUCAUAUUUUGGAUCAAUGGUGACAGUUACAGUCACAGUGACGAAAUACUCUGGAAAUGCCACAACUCUGAUUUCACAGCACUGGCAGGUGUCUUCAGCUGCUGAGGCUCAUGGGUACUGUAGUACUAACAGGAAAGAAGAGGAUUUCUCAUAAACAAACACAGAUGUUUAUAACUGACAUUAUAGAAUGGUUCAAUGAUCCAGGAGACUCCUGAGUCUGAGUCUAUGCUGAGGAACAUUGAGAUGCAAAUUGAGUGCAAAUUUCAGUCGGAAAAAUAUGCUCAUAUGUCAGAGUGAAUUCCAGGGCGUCAUUUUCUUGCACAUUACUGGACCACUCAUUGCUUUUCAGGAUAUUUUUGGUGUAUUUUGGCAUUUUCCAGGACUUUUUCCACGAAAACAUCUUUUCCAUUGACAAAAACCUUCAGUGCCAUUCUUUACUCUUCUUUCAAUGAUGAAAUACUCUCCAGUUCUGAUAUAACUGAUGCUAUAGCAGCAUCUACACUGCCAUUGUUGUUUUGAACGAACAGUCACUUCUCGCUGUUGUCACACCUAAACCACGCCUGCAGCUGCCAGAAACCUGACAAGAUGGAUUCUCGUAUGAUCUCGCAAAUCCAGCUGCCUCACAAGGUAACAAGAAUCCUGCCAGUUUGACGUCUUAAAGCACGGGGACAAAGGUGUGUUUCAAUGACGAUGAUGCAUUACAUCACAGCAUCAAAGCUUCAGUGGAGACACUGUGGACUGUUUUUGUGUUACAUGUGGGAAAACCACCUGGGGGAUUUUUGCAUGUGUGAGAAAAAUUCUUGGAUUCUUGUUACUUGUUGUAAAAGUUUUUACUGUGUUUGUACAUAAGAGAACUUGCAAAUGUUUGCUGUUUAAAGGAAAAGUCUGGUGAAACUCCAUAUUUUUAGCAAUGGUAUUCAGUUUUAGCCAGUCAUGUUCCCCAGAUGAUGGAUUCUACUAUGAUGAUCCCCUGAAUGUUCCUCUAGUGCCACCUUGAGGUUGACACUUUUGUCUUUUACUGAAAUAUCUCAAGAACUAUUGGAUGUAUUGCCAUGAAGUUUGGCACACAUUCAGACAAGUGACAUAUCAAAGGAAAAACCAACAUAAAGUGUCUUAUUAAGGUGUUGGACCACCAGAACAGCUUCAGUGUGCCUUGG